AUGAGCAGCGCUCGCGUCCGCCUGCCCGACGACGCCUUCUACCGCCAGUCGCGCCUCGCCGCACCUCCUCUCACGGGCGACUGGCCGGUCGAAGAAGUCCGCCAAUUCGUACCGACCAUUACGGACGAACACGUCGCCAGGGACAUCCUCCAACGCUUUUACAACGAUCUCAAGCCGCUCUGCAACGAAGUCCUCGCCGCACUCAGCUCGACUCGACUCGGCCACGGAGAAAUCGAGGGCUUCGCAGGGACGGAUGCUCAGUGGUUCAGGCAGAUUCUUGACGGCCUCGUGUCGGUGUUCGAGUACGUGCUCGAGGAGGGCGACGAGGAGGACAGGAUCGUCCAUGUCGAGGCGCUCAGGUCGAAAUUGAGGGCGGAUGUCGAGAAGCACCCGUACGAUUGGCGCACCAACGCUCGCACGGUCGCGGAGUUCAUCAUCGCGACCCUGCGGGAGGUCAGAGUGCAGGCUCUGUCGCAGCACAUCAACCGGGAACUCCUGUGGCACCGACUCGCGUCGCUCAAAUUCAUCGACGGAGACAUGCUCGGUUGGCGGCUGUACUGCCAGGAUCCGACCGGACCCGCAUGGCGCAGGAAGAUGGAGCGGCUAAAUACGGAUGAGCAAGCUUUCGUUAACGAGCACCGUCACCGGGUCGAGCGCGGGCGCCAUAGGGGUGCGGAUGGCGAGUUUGCGCUGGCGAAGCGGGAGUUUGUUCCGGUUGGAAGGAGGGAGGCUGCGAGGUGGUGA